CCCAGAUGUGUCUCCAGAUUCUUCUAUGCAGAGAUAUCCAUGGUAACAAGGGCAACAAUAUCAGUCUGACUGGACGAGGCAUUCCACUAGCACGCCCUCUGACCAGGCGUACCGCCUCUGGCCACUCCACUGCUCGAGUUCCCUAUCGUCCCUUUUCUGAGCAGCCCGCGCCAGUGCAGGAAGCCUACCAAGCUGAAAUUCACAUGCGGCCCUUUCGGGACAGGCAGGCCUAUGGCUACGCGAGCCAUGGCGCAUGGUGGUGUUGCCGGUGCCGUCACGAGAACGAAGUCGUCCACCGUUCUGGAAAUCGUCCUUUCGGACGUAUGAACUGUGGCAAUUGUGACCGACUCUUCUGCGGCGCGUGCGUGACGACUAACAUCUUGGGACAGGACUUGGUAGAUCGUCGUCCGUACAACCAAACUGCGAUUGUGGUUCCUCACUAUGAUGACAAGGAAGUUCCUUACGGCGUCGUGUGCCCUAAAUGUGGGUUGAGCCGGCGGGCCGAAGCCUUGGCGUUUGCUCAGCUGGGCGUUCGAUUCUCAGCGGUCCAGUUCGAUCAACUGCGCUGCCGGUGCGGCAAUGUCUCGACGUCAUCGUGGCAUCGAUUCUCGAUUGGGUCUCCGUAUGAUUGGAUGGGCGAUCGGACUGCUUGUUACGGUCGCGCUCUCAUGGAGCGCAUCGAUCAGUCCCGUCGAAACGUCUAAGCGACGUUUCUAUUCUCUGAUCACGGUAAUUAGCCCUGGG